AUGCCCUCUGAGGCUGUGGUGGGUCCAACUCUCGCCGACUCCAAGAACAGUUGGCCGGCUAAGCGGAAGACGCUUCAGAAGGAUGCCCCAAACAUCGUGGUGAUCAUGAACGACGAUGUGGGAUUCGGAGCACCUGAUACCUUCGGAGGCCCGAUCCACACACCGACCCUCUCAAAGAUCGCAUCACGGGGUGUGGCCUACAACCGGUUCCACACUACAGCCAUUUGUUCGCCCACCCGCGCUUCUGUGCUGACGGGCCGGAACUCCCACAACAUCGGUGCGGGGCAGAUCACUGAGGCCGCAGCAGGCUUCCCGGGCUACACCGGGACGAUUCCAAAGUCUGCGGCGACGGUGGCGAAGGUCUUGACGGGUUACGGCUAUGACACGGCGGCCUUUGGAAAGUGGCACAACACCCCAGUGGACAGUCUUUUCAAGACGGGGCCCUUCGACCAGUAUCCCACAGGCCUCGGUUUCAGCUACUUCUACGGCUUCUUGGCUGGUGAGACGUCGCAGUACGAGCCAAGGCUCUUCGAGAACACCAACCCAAUUGAGCCUCCCUACACUCCCGAAGAGGGCUAUCACCUCACCGAGGACCUCGCUGACCAAGCCAUCAAGUUCAUCCGCAACAACCGGGCGCUGACGCCGGAUAGGCCUUUCUUCAUCUACUUCGCCCCGGGCGGCACUCAUGGUCCCCACCACGUGCACAAGGAGUGGGCCGACAAGUACAAGGGCAAGUUCGACAUGGGCUGGCACAAGCUCCGCAACAUCACUUUCGAGAAGCAGAAGUCGAUGGGAUGGAUCCCCAGUACGACGGAGCUGACCGAGAUGGACCCAACCAUGACGAAGUGGGAGGACAUCCCGGACAAAGAUCGUGCUUUCCAGCUGCGGCUCGUUGAGGUCUAUGCCGGCUUCCUCGAGCAUACCGACACGCAGGAUGGCAAGGUCAUCGAAGAGUUGGAGCGCCAAGGCUUGUUCAACAACACCUUGGUGAUCUACAUUCUGGGAGAUAAUGGUGCUUCUGCUGAAGGGCAGCAGGGCACGAUUGACGAGUUCAUCACUGAGAACAUGCUGCCCAGCACGGCGCAGCAGCAGAUCGAUGUUUUGGAUAGGGAUUUUGGUGGUUUGAGUGCACUCGGCUCUAAGCACGUGGACAACAUGUACCACAGCUCAUGGGCAUGGGCUCUCGACACGCCCUUCAAGAGCACCAAGCUGGUGGCGGCCCACUUCGGUGGCACCCGGACCCCCAUGGUGAUGUCCUGGCCGAAAGUCAUCAAGCAUGACCCGACUCCUCGGUCCCAGUUCCACCAUGUCAGCGACAUCGUGCCCACCAUCUACGAGGCGAUUGGGAUCAAGCCGCCAGAGCAUGUGGAGGGCACAGCCCAGAUUCCCAUUGACGGUGUCUCCAUGAUGUAUACCUGGAACAACGCCUCGGCAGUGGGACGGAAGGAUACGCAGUACUUUGAGGUCAUGGGAAGCCGGGGCGUUUACAAGGACGGUUGGUUCGCCAGUGUCUUUGGGCCUCGAAUCCCUUGGGCUGCUGUCAACGAGACGCGCAUGAGGGAGUGGAACCCGGACACCGACAUUUGGGAGCUCUACGACCUGACCAAGGACUACUCACAGGCCCACGACCUCUCCAAGGAGAAUCCGGAGCAGGUGAAUAAGAUGAAGAACAUUUUCCUCGUCGAGGCCCAGAAGAACAAGGUGCUUCCUGUCGGUGCAGGCUUGUGGACCAUCUACUACCACCCGGAAGAGGGUCCCAGAUCGCCUUUGACGGAGUGGUAUCUCUACGAGGGCAUGACACGCAUCGCAGAGGCCAAUGCUCCACUCUUCCACACCGGUUUCAGCUCAGUGGCUACCGUGGAUAUAGAGGUUCCCAAGAAUGCUUCCGGGGUCUUGUACUGCGUCGGCGGCACUGCGGGAGGGUUCUCCGUGUACAUGGACAAGGGAUAUCUCUACGCAGAGUACUUGUCAACGUUGCUGUACCGCUACGUCACAAAGUCCUCUGCGCCAUUGCAGGAGGGGAACGCGAAGAUUGAGAUCAAGCUGCAGUUCGAACCGAAACCGGGGAUUGCACCAGCACAGUUGACCAUGUCAGUUAACGGAGCUUUGGUGGCCUCCCUCUUCGUGGAAAAGUCGAUCCGUUUGGCUUUCGAUGCUUCGGAGACUUUUGACGUCGGGAUGGACUUGGGUUCGCCUGUCUCAUUGCUUUACCACGACCGUUCUCCCUUCAAGUUCAAUGGCAAGAUCAACCAGCUGCAUGUGAAGUACAUCAACAGCACAUCCAUUCCAUCAGAAAGCGUCGUGGCGAUCUGA